AAUACCAACUGUAAUAAUAAAAAAAAGAACAGAAAAUUGGGGGAAGUAAAACAGAUAGGGUUUUUUUCCUGUAUUAGCUUGCCCUUUAUUGUCCACUGAUGCAGGAAUGUGAAGGAUGCUCUGCGUCCACCUGAUACUGCUCUGCGCCCGGGGGAGGGUCUCUCCAGUCUCCGCUCUGCCAUAACUCGGCCCAGCUCUGGCAGGCGGACACGCAUCCUUUGAGAGAUGUACUGGAAACAUGAUCACUAAGGGAGCCUAAACGCAUUCCUCGGCUCCGGUCAGACGAUUCGACAUCUCCAUGUGCGCAGCGCUAUUCUCCAAAGACCAGACGAGCGAGGAGAGGAGAGGAGAGGAGAGGAGCGGAGACGGGGCGUCGGGUACAACAACAAGCGGGAGCCGACAUCAUCAGCCGCUGCAGCGUGAGUGACGAGGUCAUCAUAAAGCUACGGUUUCCAAGAGGUCCUCUGUUGAUCCGAAGCCCCAAGAUCUCUGAAUAACGUUCCGGCACUGCCAUUAUCCUCACUCGUCUCUUCAUUCAUAUUUUUGGUAACUUCCAGGAUGUGAUGAAGAUUUAGGGAAAGAAAACCUCCCCAGUAAAUCACGAAGACAACAGCUCGAAUCACAUGAUUGCUAUGGAGUGACGGGUCACAGCAGCUUUGAGUGGAACUUGACAAUGGUGUUGUUUCUGAUUGGAUCCUCCUUCACUGUCAACAGUUCAUCUCAUGACAACCAAACUGCAGAAAACCCCACCCACCACGGUGAUCACGUCCUGCCCUCGACGCUGAUCAUAUCCCUGCUUCUUAUCAUUGUUGUCCUCCUAACAAUCUACUGCCUGAGGUUUAAGAACCACAGGAAAGCCCUGGUCACAUCCGUGGAUAAGAAGAUUCCAAAUGGCUUCUUGGAGGAACAAGGAGAGCAGACAGUGGUCCUCCUCCCAAGAUCUCCCUCGCCGUCCAAGAGAUACUUCCCGAUCCCUCUGGACUCGCUGGAGGAGGAGUACCGGAUACGCUCCGCAGAUGACGGCAAACUCUUCAGAGAGGAGUUCAAUUCGCUGCCAUGUUACUACCACCAUGGGUCCUUUGAGGAGGCCAGCAGAGAGCACAACAGAGAGAAAAACAGAUACCCAAACAUUUUACCAUAUGAUCAUUCCAGGGUGAUACUCAGUCAGCUCGACGGACAUCUGUGCUCAGACUACAUAAAUGCCUCUUACAUAGAUGGUUAUAAAGAGAAGAACAAAUUCAUCGCAGCUCAAGGUCCCAAGCCUGAGACACUGGCUGAUUUCUGGCGAAUGAUUUGGGAGCAGAAAACCACGACGAUAGUGAUGCUGACAAAUUUGAAAGAAAGAAAGGAGGAGAAAUGUUGCCAGUACUGGCCGGAAAAAGGCUGCUGGAUGUACGGAAACAUCCGCGUGGCGACUGAAGACGUCAUUGUACUGGUGGACUACACCAUCAGAAAGUUCUGUGUUCAAUAUCAGGGCAGCGAUGGCGUUCGAGCUCCUCGGUUGGUCACCCAGCUCCACUUCACCAGCUGGCCAGACUUCGGGGUGCCGUUCACACCAAUCGGAAUGCUAAAAUUCCUGAAGAAGGUCAAGGCUGUCAAUCCCUCUUAUGCUGGGCCUAUUGUUGUCCACUGCAGCGCCGGAGUCGGGAGGACUGGGACGUUCAUUGUCAUUGACAGCAUGAUCGACAUGAUGCACAUGGAGCAGCGAGUGGACGUCUUCGGCUUUGUGAGCAGAAUACGAGAGCAGCGCUGUCAACUCAUCCAGACAGACAUGCAGUACUCCUUUAUCUACCAGGCUCUGUUGGAGUACUAUCUGUACGGAGACACUGAGCUAGAUGUAUGCUCUCUGGAGGGCCAUCUGCAAAGGCUUCACAACACCAGGGCCCCCCACGACAGGCUGGGCCUGGAGGAGGAAUUCAGGAAGCUGACCAACGUUCGCAUUAUGAAGGAGAACAUGAGAACCGGGAACCUUCCAGCCAACAUGAGGAAGAACCGUGUGCUUCAGAUCAUCCCGUAUGACUUCAACCGAGUAAUACUCUCAGUGAAAAGAGGACAGGAGUUCACCGACUACAUCAAUGCCUCCUUUAUUGAUGGCUACAGGCAGAAGGACUAUUUUAUCGCAACCCAGGGCCCCCUGUCUCACACUGUGGAGGACUUCUGGAGGAUGGUGUGGGAGUGGAGGUGUCACUCAAUCGUUAUGCUCACCGAACUCAAAGAAAGAGAGCAGGAAAAGUGUUUCCAGUAUUGGCCAUCAGAGGGCAGUAUAACAUUUGGAGACUACACAGUGGAGCUGAAACUGGAAACACAGUGUGAAACCUUCACACGCAGAGAUAUGGUUCUCUCCAACAAGCCGGAAAAACAGUCGCAACACGUCCGACACUUUCACUUCCACGGAUGGCCCGAGAUCGGAAUACCAGGAGAGGGAAGGGGGAUGAUUGACAUUAUUGCUGCUGUGCAGAGGCAGCAGCAGCAGUCUGGAAACCGUCCCAUAGUUGUACACUGCAGCGCCGGCGCGGGACGGACCGGCACCUUUAUUGCACUCAGCAACAUUCUGGAAAGAGUAAAAGCCGAAGGCCUCCUGGAUGUAUUUCAGACAGUCAAGAGUUUACGCAUGCAAAGACCACACAUGGUUCAGACCGUGGAGCAAUAUGACUUCUGCUACAGAGUGGUCCAGGAUUUUAUCGACAUUUUCUCAGACUAUGCCAAUUUUAAAUAGGUCACUUUGUAUAUACAUCAGCCAAAUAAAAGUCUGCUUUGUUUUUCUUAA